CUUAUUGGAUAGUGGGUUUUUUUUUUCUACAGGGUGCACCUGGCACGAGAAUUGAAAGAUACUGCAGUUCUUGUUCAGAGACAGAGAAGGAAAGAGAGAGACUCUUUAGUCCUCCUCUUCUGCAAUAGUCAGCUGUACCAUGGGAUGUAGGCAAAGCUCUGAGGAGAAAGAGGCAGCGAGGCGGUCCCGGAGGAUUGACCGCCACCUGCGCUCUGAAAGCCAACGACAGCGACGAGAGAUCAAGCUCUUACUCCUGGGUACUAGCAACUCUGGCAAAAGUACUAUUGUCAAGCAAAUGAAAAUCAUUCACAGUGGCGGCUUUAACUUGGAGGCUUGCAAGGAGUAUAAACCUCUGAUUAUCUAUAAUGCAAUUGACUCUCUAACGCGUAUCAUUCGUGCUCUAGCCACCCUUAAGAUAGAGUUCCACAAUCCAGACAGAGCCUAUGAUGCUGUGCAGCUUUUUGCCCUGACAGGCCCAGCUGAAAGCAAAGGAGAAAUUACUCCUGAGCUUCUAGGGGUCAUGAAACGGCUCUGGGCAGACCCUGGUGUACAGGAGUGUUUCUGUCGCUCCAAUGAGUACCACCUAGAGGAUAAUGCUGCAUACUACUUGAAUGACCUAGAAAGGAUUGCAGCCCUGGACUAUAUUCCUACAGUGGAAGAUAUUCUGCGCUCUCGGGACAUGACCACAGGGAUUGUGGAAAAUAAGUUUACCUUCAAAGAGCUGACUUUCAAAAUGGUGGAUGUGGGUGGGCAGAGGUCUGAGCGCAAAAAAUGGAUCCACUGUUUUGAGGGGGUUACAGCAAUAAUUUUCUGCGUGGAGCUGAGUGGGUAUGACUUGAAGCUGUAUGAGGAUAACCAAACGAGUCGAAUGGCAGAAAGUCUACGCCUAUUUGACUCCAUUUGCAACAACAACUGGUUUAUCAACACUUCCCUUAUCCUUUUUCUCAAUAAGAAAGAUCUGCUGGCAGAAAAAAUUCGGCGCAUCCCGCUAACAGUUUGCUUUCCUGAGUACAAGGGCCAAAAUACUUAUGAGGAGGCAGCAGUCUACAUCCAACGUCAAUUUGAGGACUUGAAUCGUAACAAGGAGACCAAGGAGAUCUACUCGCACUUCACCUGUGCCACUGAUACCAGUAAUAUCCAGUUUGUCUUUGAUGCGGUGACAGAUGUCAUCAUUCAGAACAAUCUCAAGUAUAUUGGCCUCUGCUAAGAAUCCAGGAGGCUCAAUCUGUUUUCCUGAGGUGAUGCAAAAGGGGCAACCACCUUCACUUUUGGUGGCAAAAAUGUGGCAGCCCUUGAAAGUGCAAGAAGAGGAAGGGGGAAGUCUGAAGUAUGUUCACAGACCCCCUAAGCCCUAUUAUGCCACCACAUUAUUUUUCAAAAAUGUAUGCUCUGGAGGAUGCAAAGCCUCCAAAAAAAGAAAAAAAAGGAAAAAAAAAAGUUGAGGUCUAAGUGUGUGGAAAUGUUUUCACCACAAUCACUGCUGGUUCAUUCUGUUUGUUCCAUCUCAUUUUGCUAAGAUGGCAGAGAUACCAUAUUCUAUGUAAGAAAUAAUUCCUCAUCCAACUGUUCUAGAAACCAUUUUACUGCCAGGAAGAUACAGAACUGGUGAGUGAAAGAUGGGCCUGCCUUGCAGGGUUAUUUCCCACCCCCACCCUUCUCCCAGGAGAAAAGCUAGUUCCAACCAGAAGUUACCGAACAGGAAAAUCUGAGCUAAGCAUUACUUACAGCUUUAAAGAAGGGGCAUGUAUCCACUGGCACACACAAUCGUACAGUAUAUACACAUCCAACAUGUAUACACAUUGCCCACAACUCACAGCAUAUACUAUGUAUACACUUCUGCUUUGCUUUGUUGUUUAUCAUGGACACCUUUCCUAUCAAAGGAAUUGUUGGUGCAGAAUUGUUCUAUGAUUUCCAACCUGGCCUUUAGCCAUUUCUGCUCUUGAUUGCUUCAAAAUAUGCAGGAAAAAUACAUGAAAUGAAUGAAAUAACUAAUUUAACAGGCCAAAUCAAGGUCAGUGUUUCUUCUACCGGUAAGGAAUUUUUAUAUAUCAAGACGGUCUUCUUUUACAUCUUUUUUUGCCAAAUCUUCUGGUGUUUCACAAAAACAAAACUGAAAAUUUAAAAAGUAGGUGAGUGUCCUUUUUUUAAUACAGAUAAAAAAUCACAAGGCAAUUUUUUUAACUAUUGUUUUAGUGUCUGGAUUGCAGAGUGAAAGUUGCCAACUGACAAUUCUGUUCCAUUGCUUCAAAAAAUUCUGGGAUAUAUGAUAAUAUUGUAACAGCUUUUCCCAGGGAGCAAGAGCCAUUAAGACUGUGUAGUGUAUACCCUUUGAAGUCUUUUUUGUUGUUUUUUUAAUUUAAAAAUGUGAUAUAUUAUUAGAAGGUUAAAGAUGAGCGAUAUGAACAAUAACUAAAUGUCUUGAUAUUUAAAUUUAAUAAUUUAAAUUAUUUACAGUUUAGUGGAUUUAAGAAAAUUCGAGAGAUGAAUUCCUCAGCUCCAGGUUUCGUCUCAUAAAGGAGUACUACUAGAGGGAGUACUAUUCCAGCAAAACAGAAUGCUGGAGAAGCUCUGUGGGACUAUGCUGGAAAAUCUCACAUGGAUCAUAUGGGCCUAAGUCUUUGGUCGUUUGAUUCUUUCCCCCUCCAUAGAAAAGACUUCUUAAAGACUUGAUUGUAAAGACAGUGUAUAAAUAUAUGUUCAAAGUUGUAAAGCACACACACACACAUACAUACAGAUACUCUGGAAAAUCUCCUUCUCCCUUUGUUUCCCAUGUGUACCAAGAUUAGUGUGAGAAUUCUCAGCCAAGGGCUCUUAAGAAAUUUCAAAGAAAAAAGUUAAUAACAUCAAAGUUAAAGGUUGUCCACUUAAAGAAAAUAAAUAAUCUGAAUGGUA